AUGGAGCACACCAAAGAGUCAACAGUGCCAAACCCGGCAGCCACGGCUGCCGAGCCAGCUGCAGAUUCCACUGUGAAAACAACAAUUGUACCAAAGACAGCGCCUACGGAUGCCAUACCGUCGCCCACGGCCUUGCCCACGAUGCCUGAAGCAACUCCGACACCACAACCAACUACAACUACAACAAGCACAUUCCCGGUAACCGAACCGAUGGCGAUCAUUCCCGCCGCGAGUGGGCCUCCUCCACAAUACGAUGAACACAAGAAAGACACAAUAACAACCCCUGCACCGGCAGUCACGUUACCACAAACCGAGAAAGCUAUACCAACUGGCGUACAAGUCCCUGUUGCGCAAAGAGUUAUCCCACUGGCCCAGCUUGGUGAAGAUCCCGGCUGGAUCUGUUGUCCCUUCUGCUUCCACGAAGUUCAGACCAGAGUGAACAAAGAGAGUACCAGCGAUACAUCAAUGGCGGCCAUCUGCUGUUGUUUCUUCGGCGGAAUUUGCUGUGCAUUCCUCCCAUAUUGUAUGGAAAUGUGCCACGAUUCACACCACUUCUGUACAAACUGCGGGGUGCAAGUAGCCAUUCAUCCGCAUGAAGGCCCGGUGCAGACGUUUGGACCUGACUCUCCCGGUGCAAUUAUUCAGGCACCGGGGCGUGUUGAACCUCCACAGGCUGUUAUGAAGAAGUAA